AUAUAAACUUUACACAAAAAGCGACUAUAUAUCAAGGGACUUCACGUUGAACUAUAUCAUAACAAAGAAGAGAAACUAAAAAGAGCAGCUACGGGUAGAAUGAGAUCCCCAAAAAUUAUGGGAUUAGGGCAUUGCAUGGUUUAUGUUGUGGUCUUUAGCGCCAUCGUAGCUGCAGCUUACCCUUAUGAAUCUCCCCCAACAACUCAGAAAUAUCCCCCAGUCCAUAAAACCAAAUCACCAUAUCCACCCAAAAAGAAUUCCCCAUAUUACUCGGCACCACCAUCUCCUCCACCACAAUAUAGAAGACAAGGCCCUAAAUAUACACCACAUCCAAAACCAUAUAUCUACAGUUCCCCACCACCUCCGUCAUACUACUCUCCUUCCCCGAAGGUCGAAUACAAAUCUCCACCACCGCCUUAUAUCUACAGCUCCCCACCACCUCCACCAUACUACUUUCCUUCCCCGAAGGUAGACUACAAGUCUCCACCACCGCCAUAUGUAUACAGCUCUCCACCACCGCCACCAUACUAUUCUCCUUCCCCGAAGGUAGAGUACAAGUCUCCGCCACCACCAUACGUUUACAACUCUCCACCACCUCCACCAUACUACUCUCCUUCUCCUAAGGUCGAAUACAAGUCUCCACCACCACCAUACGUGUACAGCUCCCCACCACCUCCGCCAUACUACUCUCCUUCUCCGAAGGUAGAGUACAAGUCUCCUCCUCCUCCUUAUGUCUACAGCUCCCCACCACCUCCGCCAUACUACUCUCCUUCUCCGAAGGUAGAGUACAAGUCUCCACCACCUCCAUACGUUUACAACUCCCCACCACCUCCACCAUACUACUCUCCUUCACCAAAAGUAGAGUACAAGUCUCCACCACCACCUUACGUUUACAGCUCUCCACCACCCCCACCAUACUACUCUCCUUCUCCUAAGGUCGAAUACAAAUCUCCACCACCACCAUACGUUUACAGCUACCCACCACCUCCGCCAUACUACUCUCCUUCUCCGAAGGUAGAGUACAAGUCUCCACCACCUCCAUACGUCUACAACUCCCCACCACCUCCACCAUACUACUCUCCUUCCCCAAAAGUUGACUACAAGUCUCCACCGCCACCAUACAUUUACAGCUCACCACCACCACCAUACUACUCUCCUUCCCCGAAGGUAUACUACAAGUCUCCGCCACCGCCAUAUGUAUACAGCUCCCCACCACCUCCACCAUACUACUCUCCUUCGCCAAAGAUGGUCUACAAGUCUCCACCACCGCCAUACGUCUACAGCUCCCCACCACCUCCACCAUACUAUUCUCCUUCCCCGAAGGUAAACUACAAAUCUCCACCACCGCCAUACGUCUACAGCUCCCCACCACCUCCACCAUACUAUUCUCCUUCCCCGAAGGUAAACUACAAGUCUCCACCACCGCCAUACGUGUACAGCUCACCACCACCUCCACCAUUCUAUUCUCCUUCCCCGAAGACCGAAUACAAGUCUCCACCUCCGCCAUACGUGUACAGCUCCCCACCACCUCCACCAUACUAUUCUCCUUCGCCAAAGGUUGACUACAAGUCUCCACCACCGCCAUAUGUCUACAGCUCCCCACCAUACUACUCGCCUUCCCCAAAAGUUUCCUACAAGUCUCCACCACCUCCACCAUAUGUCUACAAAAUGCCCUACUACUAAUUUUUAAAUUGUUUCUUUAACAAGCAACAUGAUUCAUUGCUAUUGUUUUUUUUGAUGAAAUUGUCUUUUGAUUUUCCGUUGUUGUUGCCUCCUCUAUUUUAUGGUUUUAUAAUACCACUAAAAUUUGGCUA